GGUUGGGGAGACACAUCCGACGGAUGAUAUUGCGUGCACGAAUCUCAAACAAUGGAAGCCGGAAGCUAUACAGGUUUCCCGUCUUGUUCUUUGCUUCACACUUUGCACUUUGUUUCACCAACUGGGCUUCAUUAUUCCCCAGAUCCGGUCCAUCAAAGCCCAUGUCAGGUCCAUCUCAACCCAAACACCACCGGGCGGGCCUCUAAACCCACCCCUCGCCGUCGUCACGAAGCUUUUAAUAAGUUCGCAUUCAUUCCACCACUGCAUCCACUGACUCCCAGCCCGCUAGGGGUUUUACCACCAUGGCCGCCGCCGCCGCCGCCGCCCGGAGGCUCCUCUCCCGCCGCGCCUCCUCCUCCCCCCUCUCCGCGCUCCUCCGCCGCGGGCCGUCGGCGGCCGCCACGGAGCAGUCGCUGCUGCGCCCGGCCGUCGUCGCGGCGGCCUCCCGCCUCGGGUUCCCUCGCGGGAUGGCGCGGCGGCCGGGCGGGGACGGGUACUCCCCGAUGCGGUCGGGUGGCGGGGGCGGAGACCGCGCGCCCACGGAGAUGGCGCCGCUUUUCCCCGGCUGCGACUACGAGCACUGGCUCAUCGUGAUGGACAAGCCCGGAGGGGAGGGCGCCAACAAGCAGCAGAUGAUCGACUGCUACAUCCAGACCCUCGCCAAGGUCCUCGGGAGCGAGGAGGAGGCGAAGAGGAAGAUUUACAACGUCUCGUGCGAGCGCUACUUCGGGUUCGGCUGCGAGAUCGACGAGGAGACGUCCAACAAGCUCGAGGGGCUUCCUGGAGUUCUCUUCGUGCUCCCGGAUUCGUAUGUUGAUCCUGAGUACAAGGACUAUGGAGCUGAGCUCUUUGUUAACGGGGAGAUUGUUCAGAGGCCCCCGGAGAGGCAGAGGAGGGUAGAACCGGUGCCACAGAGAACAGCAGAUAGGCCUAGGUACAAUGACCGGACCCGCUACGCCCGGAGGAGGGAGAACCAGCGAUGAGCCGGUCGAAGACCAGAAUAACAAGCCAGGGGUGGUUUCAGCUCACAAAAUUAAAGGAUAAUACCGCAUCUACCUGCCCUAAUGGACAAUCUUCCAGUUGCAUGUUCACUUUAUUAUGCAGUCUAGAGUGUUUUGUUUCUGGGAGCUCAACUUGGAUGUAUUGUGCUCUGUAAUUACUAUAACUUGAGAUUGAAAGUAACCUGGCUUGGGAUUGCAUUGAUACUGGCACACUUUUACAACCUUUUGCGCAGCACAUGUAAAUCGGUUUCAUGAUUGAUAGUUUUAAACUGCUAAUUUGAUAGA